AUGGCGCAAUUUGAAGUUUUCACAGAGACUGUGGACACAGAGUACAAGAAGUUAAUGCAGAAGAAGUUAACUGUCCUUACAAGAAUUGCAAUUUUAGUGGAAGAACAGCGUCAGUGCCACCAACAGCUGCCACUGCAGGGGCCAUCUCCCAUGGUACCCAUGAUCGCACGCGUGUGGGGCGGCGCGGGGGCGGACGCCGAGUGGACGGACGUGCCAGUGACGCCCCUGACCACGUGCCGUGACCUGGUGGACUGCUGCCGCGACCCCGGGGACGAGCCCUGCACGCUCGUCGAGGUGUCCAUGGGACACGAGCGGGCGCUGUCGGACUCUGAGCGCCCCCUGGAGGUGCUGCAGCAGUGGCGCGGCCGCGGGCCCGUCAGGCUCGUGCUGCGCUACACGCUCGACCACGACCACGACCGCGAGCACGACCUCGACCUGGACAACCAGAGGCGGCUCAGCCCCCACACGCCCCUCCCGUCACAAGGAGGUGAAGGCGACGCCAGGGAGACGGUGGUAGCGCCAAUUCCUGAUAACCUGGAGUGGAAAGACAGCGAACUAGAGGGCGCCGGAAGCACGGCCGGGGAUUUGGUGGAGAACAGCGGGCUGGCCGCCAUCAUUACGGGGGGAUUCCCCCAGAGUACGCAGCGCCUCUGUCUGAAACGUGACUUGUAG